AUGGCCGACACUAUCGACUCCAUCGUCAAGGGAGCCCCUCAACUCGGCCAGGACAUGAAAUCCCCGCCAAUGGGCACGAGCCCUAUCGGUGUAGAAAAACCCGGCGAUCCUUUAAAGCACACGCCAAGUUCGCCUUCUAUGAUCUACCUCAACAUGCUGAUACUAGAGGCUUCGCUACGCUCCCAGUACCUCGAACUCCGUGCCCGUCGACGAAAACACACCUUCUUUCUUAGCCUUCUGUGUCUGUGGUUAGCGGGAUUUGGAUAUGCUCUAUUCUUCGCACCCCGAGAAGACGGUAGCGGCGUUGGCGGCUCAGUAUAUUGGGUCGUGGAUAUGACAGAGAAGGUGUGCUUCAUAAGUGGAAUAGUCACCGGUAUACUCGUCUGGGCGACUGGUAUAUGGGAGCGUGGUAUUAGGUGGCCGCGGCGCUGGUUUAGCAUAUGCAAUAGAGGCUUGCGCGGAUUCAACUGCAAAUUGGUUGUGAUCAAAAGAUCUUGGUGGGUUGAGCUCGUGUCGCUCAUAGGUUUCUUCUUCACCUACGGCGCAUUCUCUAGCAGGGCUGGUCAGUAUCAUUUUGUGGAACCUUCGAUAUUACGCGAAGUUGAUCGAGAACUAAAUCUCGGCCGGCAUGACCACCCUCCACUCCCGUUCGUCAGUACAGACGAAGAGAGAGGAGGCCACGAGGAGGAUCUAUCGCCUGGGGGAGACUACGUCAAGCUUCUACUAUGGCCUAAGCCUUUCUCACCUCACUUCCGGGAAAAUUGGGAACUUUUCAGAAGCGAGUACUGGGAGAGGGAGAACGAACGCCGAGCGCUAUUAAGAACUAAACUAAAGGCCCGUGAAAGGCAGCUAGCAAAGGAGCAAAACGGUUGGUUGUGGUGGCUACCAGGAGGCCCGAAGGCAGAGGAUAAGGCACAUUUACAUGGCUCCGGGGUAGGUGAUGCAGAGAAAAGCAUACAUCAUCGACAUUCCGGUCUAUCAAAAGAGAACAAGCGUACUAGGAGCGGUAGUUUUCGAAGAGCUAGUAACUCGGCUGGAUCAACGCGAAGUCCUACACCGCCGGUGGAAUCGGAGGAAGGUAGCCGUAGUAGGAGAGGCAGCAUGAACUCGAUUACUUCUGAAAAGAGACGAAAGAAGCACCUUUCAACUAGCUCCAGACCGAAGAGGCCAGGCGUCGAGUCGCGAUCCGUCACACCGGAAUUUACUUCGCCGCUUGCUAGGGAAAGUAGUAUUGGUACUAGUGAGGCUCCAUAG